AUGGCUUUCGGCGUCGAUAUAUCCCGACUGGACUUGGAACCUCUGGACUUCGCAGAGCCAGAUGGUUUCGCUGGACGCGUAAUUCAAUACACAUGCAAUGAAGGAAAAGUGUGGAGAAAUCCGUACAACAACGAAACAUUCCAAAUGCCAGACCAAAUUUUAGGAAUUGCAAGUAUCCCUGGAAGUUGGCUAAAUACGGAGACUUAUUUGUACCAAAGCCGACUGGACAUCAAAGCUCGCUUCUCAUCUCGAGCAGGGUUGGGUGUCAAAGUCAAGAUGCUUGGGAGUUUUUCUGCCAGUUACACUUUCAGAACAAUGUUAAAAGUUUUACUAGAAGAGUCGUUACAGAUCACAGAAGUGACGUCUUUCGUUUCAACUUGCCAGGCGGCUUUUGCUCCGGCUGAAGUUUUGGGACUGUCAACUGCAGCUAAACAUGUAGUCGACUUACUGCCCGAAGAUUUUGAAGCAUCUCCAGAAGCCUAUUUCAGUUUCAUUGGCUAUUUUGGGACUCAUUUUUUGUUCAAAGGCGAGUUUGGUGGUUAUAUUAGUAUUUAUUACAAAACAACCAGCAAUUAUUACUCGACAAGCACUGUCCAAAAUAUGAAAUAUCAAGCCAAAGCUUCGUUUCUGGGCUUUCUGAAGGCUAAAGCCGGAUAUAGUGGGUCCGUUAGCGCUGUUGAUAAAAAAUUCACAGACCAUACUACUAUGGAUGUCAUUUAUAGAGGCGGCGAAACUUCCCUGCUUCAGACUGAAGACAUACCUUAUUGGGAAUCUUCAGUAGCCAAUAAUCCCUGGCUUUUUGCUGGACAAAUAGUUCCAGUCUACAAAAUGAUCAAUGAUUCGAAAAAACAAAAAUCAAUGAUGCUGGCUGUUCAAGCACAUCUGGAUAAGGCUUAUCUUGUGGAGCUGGCUGAUUUGUUAGAGCGAGCUUCAAUCAAGUACACUUUUGCAGAUAUCACAACUUUAUAUACCUUAAUUCAAACAGGAAUUGAAUUGCAAAGCGCUCUGAUUCCAGAUCACGAAAAAGUGACGGAGUUUGGAAAUUCGGUGAGUUAUCAUCUGGACAAGCCAGAUUGGUGGAACCAAACUCAAGUUUGUUUUAAACCACGAGACGGCACCGUUUCAAUGACUAAAUGUCAAGAAUCAUCUGGUCCCUUCUGCGCGUUUACUAACCAAUACACUAAAGUUUACUAUGACUACUCGAAUAGUAACACGCUUUCCUGUCAAAUGAGUUGGUCUGUUUUUGCUCCAGCUUUUACUGAUUCGUGGUUCUUAAAUGCUCAAAUCUGUUUCCGCUCCGAAACAACCGGGGAUUAUAGGCAAUGUGGAAAUUCGAUUCGGCAGUUUGUGAGUUGCGCACCAAUCAAUUCGUAUACCAGUGAGUACUUAGAUGCUACAAGCUCGUUCACUGGCGGUUGCAAUUUACAGUGGAUGAUGAAAGUCAAUGAACAAGAAGCGCCAUUUUGGUUCAAAAAUGUGAAGUUUUGCAUGAAUAAUGGAGUUUUAACUGAGCAAUGUGGCGGAGUUCACAGUGACAAAGAAAACUGCGCCUUGCCCAAUGAAUGGACUCCUGCUUAUUUGGACGAUUCUCAAAAUGCUGGUUGCCAUUUACAAUGGGGACUCAUUGAUGCGUAUCCUUAG